AGUGUCUCGAGUCUAUUUAGCAGUUUGCUCUCAGUGCAGAAAUGUCCGGAGUCGUGAACGAGCUAUACCCACGCUCAUGUAAAGUGUGUGUCGAAAACUAUCGGUGACGUGUAUAAGAGUCGUAUUCAAUUAUAAAUAUUAUUCGUUUUAAUUUAUCGAAAUAAAUUGUACGCAGAUUAAUAUCACCAACGUAAAUUUAUUAGACGGUGCAUGGAACGUCGUCGGACAUGCAACUUAUGCAACCGUUUCAAAACGGCGUUAUACGCUACAGAGUGUUCAGUUACCAUUACAGUGUGUGCUCGCCAGUCUGCCCAGUGGCAGGUAUUAGUUAUGAUAUAAAUCGUAAAUAUAACAUCAGGGAUGUGUGAACGUGAAUGUUGAAAAACAAAAUUGACAUUGGUGCUAUUUUAAAUUGAAUGCCAAAGAAUCGUUGGAAAUAUGCCAAACUGAAUACAGCUGACUGUAAACAAACAAAUUAAUAUUAAGUAAUAACAUAUUCAUAUUUGUAAAACUAUUUUUCAUUCGUAAAUACAAAUGUCUGGCGCAAACAACCGAGAAAAAUUUGCAAAAUGGCGGAAAAAACGGACUCGAGUGAUAGUGAUAGUCCAAUAAUAGACGACAACGUGAUACGUAUCCAACUCAAGAAGUCUAAUCACAAAAAAUGGGAACUGCGUACAAGAAACCUUUCCCCUGGUAUCAAAUUUCCAAUCAUACAGCUUUUUGAUUCCGAAGGCAAUCUACUGGUUGAAACAAACGAUGAAAACGUAUCAAUCAAAAGUUCUGAUUAUAGUGAUUCAAUUUUAAGAACCAGCCAAUCUUUACGGGAGAAGGAUUAUAGACAUAUAAUUAGACAAAAAAUUGUACGAAAAUAUAAUUCGAUAUCUGGUGAUAAAGUUUAUACGCGCGUAUAUCGUAAUCCUGUUGAAAUAAGUGAUAAUAGCGAAAAAAAUAACAACUGUUACAUAAUAAAAGACGGUAGCAGUGUAGCAAACAUUCCAAGUAAACUGACAGUAAACAACAACUUCCACGAUUUGCAAAUAAAUAGCCUCGACACCACGCCUUUCCAUUCAGAAGGACCGAGUGAAGUGAGCAGCUAUAAAAGUUCCGACAAUGAAACUGGUGAUGAUUUCGCUACUAAUGAUAAAUUGUCCCAGAAUAAGACCGAGAUUUCUGAAAACGGUAUUGAUCCGGUCACGUUAUCAAAACACCCGUCUACUGUAACUUUAAAUCUACUCGAGGAAUCUAACAAAGAAACAUUUGAUAAAACGGGGAAUGUGUAUUUAGGACUUCAAACAUCACAAUCACUCACAAAUGCUACGUUGUCAGAUCAUGUUAAAGGGUGUCAUACAGUACAGCGUUCAAAAUCCAACGCUGUUUACAAGCAUCCCCAAAAUAAAGUCUCUUUUCUCAACACAUACUUAAAAAGCUUACCUGUCCGGACAAGCUCUAAUCCGGAUUGGUUUACCUUACACCUACGCCAAACAUCAACAGUGGCUAAGAAUUCACACGAAGAAACGAAUCGAAAAGAUUCUCCCACACUUAUUUCCGAAAAUACGUGGCAAUCUUGUAAAAUAGACGAUAAUACCGACACUGAUUUUAUGAAUAUUCCAACAGAUGUUGCAGCUGAUUGUGAAAUUAAAAAGCGUUUAAAAAUGUAUAGGCGAGGUAUAUCUGAUAUCGAACACUGGAACGCAACUACAAGUUUGUUUACAAGAAAAAGACGACACUCUGUAAGUGGUGCCUGGCGGAUUACUCGCACUUCUUCGUCUGAGAGUGUUGACGAAGCUGACGUGGUACUUAACCGCUUAAAGAGAAGGAUACUUAAGAACAAGUUAAGAGAGAAACGUCGGAGUGUCGUCACUAAGCCACUUUUUAAUCAGAACGUGUCCGAAGGAACCGAUAGCGAAUCUCAGGAAGAUUGGCGCGAUGAGUGCGGCGGGGCCCUCCUGAGGUCCCGCCUCGCAAUGGGCUCAAACAUCAGCCAGCAUUCCGCUAAGGGCCUAAAAGGACGCCGAGCACGCUCUAGUGGAGAUCUCUGCAAUGGAGAGACGAAAAGUCAGACUGAAUCGUCAGUCUGCGGCUCAGUUGUCGGUGAUGUUAUGGGCUGGAAUCGGUCUCUACCCAACCAUCUGGACGGAAACCGACAUCUAGCGGAUUACAGUCGUGUGAACAAUAAUUAUGGUGAAUUCGGAACUUAUAAUCGGUGCCAUCCGAAAAGCGGGCGUGGUUUGCGCUACCGUGUCUCCAAGUCCGGUUCAGACGCAGAGCCAGUAUGGAAGCUCCAAGAUCCGGGAUUCGAUCAAGGCUAUGGCUCUGAAAGAUCACCGGAGGAAGACUUCGUUCCGCCCAUUGUCCCCCCCAUUUCACUGGAGCAGUAUGAAGCUGAACUAAGGAACGUUUAUCCUUUCAUCACUGAAGAAAACACGUUCACAGUCGUGGUGGAAAAAGAUGGACGAGGAUUGGGAAUGUCGGUUUGUGGUGGAAGCGGUCUCGUAAGGAUAAGAAGAUUGUACCCGCCACAACCUGCCUGGCGUACUGGCAGGCUCGCUCAGAAGGAUCUCCUGUUAUCAGCCAACGGCGUACCCCUUGCUGGACUCAGCACUUACGAGGCUCUUGAAGUUCUUCGCACGGCUUCGACAAGGGUAGAGUUACGAGUGUGCCGGCCGCCAAGCGAUGUCCUCGAGAGUGUCACGCCGCCGGACCCUCCGACCCCCCCAGCUCGGACGCCACACCCGCCACACUUACCCCUCGACCCUCUUAACUGCCAUCCUUUACACGCAAGACUUUCCCAAACAACAAGCAGUGCCACAACAUCAUCAUCCGAGGGGAGAGGACGACGCGAAGCGAGUCCUGAAACAGAGAGAAGAACGCAAGACUUGCACCUACCAGAUCUUGACAGACCUCUGCCAGUAUAUGACAUACAAUAUGGAGAUGACGGAUCUGUGGAAUUCGACAUAAUUAUGACGAAAGUGAAUGGCUCCCUCGGAUUUACGCUUCGUAAGGAAGAUCACAGUGCACUAGGACACUACGUACGAGCUUUGGUUAGGGAACCGGCUCUUAGCGACGGCAGGAUACAACCAGGGGACAGAAUAGUUGCUGUGAAUGACACUCCAAUGUCAAACAUGUCUCAUGCUGAGGCAGUUGCUUUCCUUCGCGCAUGUGACUCCGAAGUUCGACUACGACUGUACCGCGAUCAUGCCGCAACACCACUGUCACCAAUGUCGCCGAAAGAGGAGGGGCCAACGGAUUCUGACGCACCUGUUAAUAGGCCUAAACCACCAUUGAGAGCUGAAGCAGUAUCGAUGCUUUGCGACUUAGCGGCUCGUCGCCUGACGCCGGACGCGGGCGACGGCUCGCGCUCACCAUGUCUGUCGCCGCGCAAACACCGCAAGCUCACUAAGGACAACCACUACGAACUGCCUAAUGAUAUGCCAAGUUACAACGUUACGCUAGAAUCACGCUCUAAACGUACUGAAAGCUUCAAACGAUCCGAAACAAUCGAAUGUUCUAUCGAUAUUUCGGGAGCCGAACGUUCGACGCUCGAUCGUCGCGCAACCAUGGAACGAUCGGCUACCAUCGGAUCGACAACCGUGGAAGUGCCGGCUUCCGUAGAGUCAAAUAGCAAAGAGUGUAUUGCUGUUGAAGAAGUGAAGCGGCAACGCUCAAUAGCACUCACGAGCCCCACAGCUCCGCCUUCUUGUAGAAAACAAAAACUAAGCCUGACAGUGCCCCCACAUCGAUACGAGCUGAACAAUUUAGAUAACGAUACGUUAGACGCACCAAAUUUAUACCAGGAGGACAUAACGUUGCAGCGGUUUACCGAAUCCGCAUUCCCUGUUGAUUCUGACGAACCAGUCUCGAUGCCCGCAGAACUGUCGAGCGACGAACGAUUUAAACACUCAAGUCCGGCCUACCAAAGUGCCGUUUUGCAUACAGCAAGUGAAAGUGCUUCUGACGGACAAAAAGAUGAUGGUAACGGUCUAAUGAAAUGGAAAGGAGUCGCGUUAUCACCUGAUAACGAAAGAAAAGCAAAGUCAAUUCCUAUAGAGGUUCCUUCUAAACCUAAGGAAAUAGAUAUAGCCCAAAAGGAGAAUGUUAAACCUGAACCACCGGUAGAAGCAAUAAGCACAGAACCUACGAUAGUGACAGUGGAGCUGAACCGCGGCUGGAACAGUCGGCUGGGGUUCAGCGUCCAGAGCCAUCCGGAGUCGGGGCAGAGCUACAUCUCGGCAGUAUACAACGACAGCGUGGCCGCGCGCGACGGGCGACUGCGGCGCGGCGACGUUAUACUGCAGGUAAACGAUGAAAACGUGACAUCCAUGAAGACCCCAGAAGUGAUCGACUUGCUGCGAAUACUGCGAGGAUCCAUUUGUAUCACCGUACUGCGGCCACCAAAUAUUCAGUAAAGUGACAUUGGAUAUACAUAAGUAAUUAACGUUAUAAGAAUACGUAUAAUUUAAAUAUAAAUAGAUAAAUCACACGUAGAAAGUUUUUAACAUUUACUCUCAGAUUCAAACGCACAAGAUACUAUUUCAACGAUAUUUUUGGUGAUCAGUAUCGUUAAAACUUCGAAAAAGC